GUACAACACAUCGCUACCCAUCGCUAAGGAAAUAUAAUAAUAUCUAUCAAUUUAAUUAAUUAAGUGGCUCAGGCUCACUCAACAAAUCCGUGCGCAUUAAGUUAGUUUUCGACCCAUAUCGAGUGAUUUUUUUCUUCCAAUCGGAAACCAUUAUGCAUACGCAAUCCAGCGUCAGCUAACGAUGCACUGCCCAGCCCAGCCAGCAAGCCACCAUUUUUAAUUUCUUUGUUUAUUUUGUGCUCAUCUUCGUAGUCGCACGCAGUCGCAGUGGCAGUGGCAGUGUCAGCCAAAAAUUCGGAGCUACCACGCAAUUGAAAAUAAAGAUAGAGAGCAUAGAGAGAUUGAUCCGCGGAACCAUUUGUAGCGAUGGUGUGAGUGCAUCGCCCCCAUCCUUCCCCCAAUCGGUGUGUGUGUGUGUGUGUGUGUGCGCGCGCGAUGGCCAGCAGCGCUUCGGGCGGAUCAGCAGGGCCUGGCGCUGGCCCUGCGCCGCCCCCCGUCAAUCACACCCAUGCCGUGUGCGUGUGGGAGUUUGAGUCGCGCGGCGGCAAGUGGCUGCCCUACUCGCCGGCCGUGUCGCAGCACCUGGAGCGUGCGCACGCCAAGAAGCUCACCCGCGUGAUGCUGAGCGACGCGGACCCCAGCCUGGAGCAGUACUACGUGAAUGUGCGUACCAUGACCCAGGAGUCGGAGGCCGAAUCGGAGACGGGCCUGCUAACGAUUGGGGUGCGGCGCAUGUUCUAUGCCCCUAGCUCGCCGGCAGGCAAAGGCACCAAGUGGGAGUGGUCGGGCGGCAGUGCGGACAGCAACACCGACUGGCGGGCCUACAAUAUGCAUGUGCAGUGCAUCAUCGAGGAUGCCUGGGCGCGGGGCGAGCAAACGUUGGAUUUAUGCCGCAGCAAUAUCGGACUGCCCUACACCAUCAACUUUUGUAAUCUCACACAGCUGCGGCAGCCGAGCGGCCCCAUGCGCAGCAUUCGCCGCACCCAGCAAGCACCCUAUCCGCUGGUCAAGCUCACGCCACAGCAGGCCAUCCAGCUGAAGAGUAGCAGCAAUGCCAGCAACUAUACUACGCUGCCGAAGCUGGUGGAGAGCAAGUCUCUCCAUCGAAUGCCCAUGAACCGGCAGCAGCAUCCGCUUCCUGUGACACACCAUCACCAUCAUCAUACCCAGCAGCAGCAACAACAACAACAACAACAACAACAACAGCAGCAACAACAGCAGAUGCAGCAGCAUCAUCAACAGCUGCAGCAGCAGCAGCAUCAACAUCAUCAUCAGACGGCACCAAGGAAGCCGCCGAAGAAGCACAGCGAAAUAUCCACCACCAAUCUGCGGCAGAUACUCAAUAAUCUGAACAUCUUCGGCAGCAGCACCAAGCACUCGAGCAUGCCGGCAGCCAGUGCCAGUUCCUCCUCCUCAUCGGCCUCGGCCUCCACGCACACGCUACACCACAGCAGCCAUAUGCCACACACGCACGGACAUUCCCACACCCUCAACCACACGCAUGCCCUCGCCCACGGGCAUGCGCACGCCCACACCAUCUCCAGCUCUCACUUUACGCAUGGCAAGAACAUUGUGACCUCGUCGAUGAACAGCCAUCACAGCCGGUGUUCGGAGGGAUCGCUGCAGUCGCAGCGGAGCAGUCGUCUCGGGUCGCACAGGUCCCGGUCACGAACGCGCGCCUCCGACACGGACACCAACAGCGUCAAGUCGCACCGGCGGCGCCCGAGCGUGGACACCGUAUCCACAUACCUCAGCCACGAGAGCAAAGAGAGCCUGAGAAGCCGCAACUUUGCCAUAUCUGUCAACGAUCUGCUCGAUUGCUCCCUGGGCAGUGACGAGGUGUUUGUGCCAUCGCUGCCGCCUUCAUCGCUGGGCGAACGGGCGCCAGUGCCGCCACCACUGCCGCUGCAUCCACACCAGCAACAGCAACAACAACAACAACAGCAACAACAACAACAGCAACAACAGCAGCAGCUGCAGCUUCAACUGCAGCAGCAGCAACAAUCAAUCGCCGGUUCGAUUGUGGGCGUGGAUCCGGCCAGUGAUAUGAUAUCGCGAUUCGUGAAAGUGGUAGAGCCGCCCUUGUGGCCCAAUGCCCAGCCCUGUCCUAUGUGCAUGGAGGAGCUAGUGCACUCCGCCCAGAAUCCGGCCAUAUCGCUUAGUCGUUGCCAGCAUUUGAUGCACCUGCAGUGCCUCAAUGGCAUGAUAAUUGACCAGCAGAACGACAUGAACAAGAACCUCUUCAUUGAGUGUCCUGUGUGCGGAAUUGUCUAUGGCGAGAAGGUGGGCAAUCAGCCCAUCGGCAGCAUGUCCUGGAGCAUCAUUAGCAAGAAUCUGCCCGGCCACGAGGGACAGAACACCAUACAGAUUGUUUACGACAUUGCCUCUGGCCUACAGACGUCCGAGCAUCCGCAUCCGGGCCGUGCCUUCUUUGCCGUGGGCUUUCCGCGUAUCUGCUACCUGCCCGACUGCCCGCUGGGCCGCAAGGUGUUGCGCUUCCUGAAGAUUGCCUUCGAUCGACGCCUGCUGUUCUCGAUUGGACGAUCGGUGACAACCGGCCGGGAGGAUGUGGUCAUCUGGAAUAGUGUUGAUCACAAGACUCAGUUUAAUAUGUUCCCGGAUCCCACGUAUCUCCAGCGCACCAUGCAGCAGUUGGUCCAUCUGGGCGUGACAGAUUGAAACCCGAAGCGAUCCCAGGCGAUCCACGAUUCACCCUCCCAUCGAUGAGAGCCCCCAUUCCAUCAUGCCCCAACCCACAUCCCACACAACUCUUCCAUUUCGUGUUUAAGUUACUUCCUACUACAUAAUCUCAGUGUGUGUGCAAUCCUCGUUACUAUAAUAUAUUUUUUUCAAUAGGAUAUAUUGUAGAAUAUCGUAGUACCGCCAAGCGUUCGAGCUGCUCGAACCCUAAACAGCAAUGCCGCCAACAGCAAACAGCAACAAUUGUAACCUAAACAUAAACCUAAACUUCCUUUCGCGCUCUUCCAAUUCGCAUUUCAUAGUAUUAUGAACAAACGCUAAUCGUUAAUUGCGUACAUAUGUAAGCUAUGUAUUAACCAGCUAUGUAUUUAGUACAACAAUCAGUUAAGUUUGUAAAAGAGAAUCUUAAACCAAGACACCUAUUAGUAUUAGGCAUAGAUAACCCCAAAACCCAACCCAUUAACCAGCCAGGCCAUUCCCCAAAGCAAUUAAGAUGGAGAGCAGAGGUGUGCCCCGAGCUGUACCAAAAUUAUAGAAAUCGCGGGGAAGGGGAUGACUAUGUAUAUUUGUUGAUAUAGCAUAGCUCUUGCCUCCAGCGUAUCAUCUUUACCCUCUACCUCCCACACUCAUUCUCUUUCUCUCUCUCUCUUUCUUUCUGUCUGCCCAUUCAUUCAUAUUAUCCUUAAAUUCCAUUUUGUUCUAAGAUAGUGUAUGCUAUAGAUUUAUACACACAAAGAGAGAGAGAGAGAGAGAGAGACGGUGAGUGAAAGAGAGCAAGAUAGAGAGAUACAUGGAGAAAGAGAGAGAUAGACUUUCGUCUUUGGCCAUUUAUUUCAUUCUUCCAUUCAGCGAAUUUGAUGUGAUUUUAUUUUGAAUUAUUCAGAGUCUGUCUAGGCCUACUAUAGAGAACAUAAGUUACAUAUGUAUGUAUAUCAGAUCAGCAUAUUCCACUAUACAUACAUACAUUUAUCAUUACAUUUAAUAAUACAUGAUCAUAUUUUUUUUGUAUUUGAAUUUUUUGCACACAUUGAUGAAUUUUGGUUGCUUUCAUAUUGAUAUCAUCGAACAUCGACCUACAUUUACAUACACGCAUACAUCGUAUAUACAGUGGAUAUACAUGUAUAUGUAUAUAUACAGAAAGUUUCUUGAGAGGAGAUUAUACUGACAGAUAGAGCUCUGAUAGGCAGCUCGUCCUAGCCAGCAUAUAUGAUAUGAUAUACGAAUACGUUUUGACUAAGUUGUAUUUAGCACUGAUUAGUUCUUAGAAUUCACUUCGAAUAUUCCCACACAAC